AACCCAAAUGGAUAAAUCUCAACCACAAUUCCAAUCACACUCUCGUUUUCUUGAGAUCACUGUCAUCUCCGCAGAGUCCCUCCGCAUUUCCAAUCAUCUGAUCAAGAAGAACGCUUUCGUGACUGUCCAAACGGACCCAUGCAACUGCGUCUCCACGCCUGUAGAUAGAGAUGGUGGGGGCUAUCCAACUUGGAAUGAGAAGCUCCAUCUGGCAUUGCCGGGCAGUGCUCGAUCGAUUGCCGUCAAGGUGCUAUGUAAGACGGCUUCUGGGUCGUCGAAGACUGUUGGGAUGGUAAACAUCCCCAUGUCGGACUUUGUGGGUGGAUAUGUGCCGGCGCACCAUCUGCACUUCCUAAGCUACCGUCUGAGACAGCAGGACGGAGAACGGAACGGGAUUAUCAAUCUGUCUAUCAAGAUGGUGGGUCCAGAAAAUGAUAGUAGGCCAUUGCUCCCGUUGGAGAAGAUUAACGGUGGGAUUGCAGUUGGCAUUCCUGUGCCUUAUGGGUGUAGAGUGUAGCUAGAAUGGGCACGUAAAAAGCCAUGUUCCAGGAGAAAUGAGAGGAACUUUGAUACUCUGGUAGUGUGAUGGAUGAUACGCAGAGAUUCUUAGAAAUUACACACGUGGCAUACAAGUGAGUCAAAUUAAAUUGUCCAAAAUAUUGUUCCCAGGUUAGAUUUAUCAUCAUUAUCUAAUUAUCAGAUUGGUGGA